GUUAAGACGUUUCGUUGGAGGUUCUUAAAAAGUUUGUUGUGUGUGUUCUAAAGAAAACGUUAGCAAAAUAUUAAAAAAUUCUAACAAAAAAAGAAUUUCUAAACCUAAAAAAAUAAUAAAAUAAUAAAUUUUAAAAAAUACCAAGAAAUAAGUAAAUUGUUAGUGUUGUUUCAAUUUUCUAAAUAAAAGUGAAUGAGUUUUACCGCCAGAAUGCCACCCAAUCAUCAAUUUAUGCUUAAUUCUUUACCUAUGGAACCCGUAUCGCGUACUUAUCAGUAUCGCAAGAUUAUGAAGCCCAUGUUAGAGCGUAAACGACGUGCUCGGAUUAACAAGUGUUUGGAUGAGUUAAAGGAUUUAAUGACCGGCACCUUGCAAGCGGACGGUGAAAAUGUCUCUAAACUCGAAAAGGCUGAUAUACUCGAAUUAACCGUAAGACAUUUGCAACGUUUGCGAGAGAAAAAUGCUCUAUUCGUACGCCAUAAUGAAUCUUUAAAUAUGGAGAAAUUUUGGUCUGGUUUUCAGCAUUGUGCCGCCGAAGUAGCACAAUUUCUUAAUAAAUACGACCAACAUAUAAGUGGUGAAUUAAUACAACAUAUCAGCAGCUAUGUGCCAAAUAUUAGAGCCGCACCAGGUGGAGCAGCAACCCCAACCUCAGCAACAGUAAAUAGUAGAUUAGCCAACAGUUUUACAGCUCCCAGAGCAGUAAUAAGCCGAGAAUUGACAGCAUAUAACCAAAGAAUACCAUAUAAUAAAAUAACAGUGGGACAAAUGCCCAUUAUGCCCAUAAAUUCCCAUAAUAUGCCUAGUAAAGAAGAACCACAAAUGCCAUAUGAAAUGGGUAGAGAAAUGAAAAAAGAAUUGGUAGAGGAGGGUAUUAAUGUAUGGAGACCCUGGUAGAUUUUUUGCCCAAAUUAAAAUAAAAAGUUAUUUUAAAGAAUAAAUAAAAAAAGUAUUUUUAAAUUUAAUUUUAAUGUUAUAAAUAAAUAAAUUUAAAUUUACGUGUAAAACAUGCUAAGGACUAAAGCUUUAAUAAUAUGUAUUUAAUUUUAACUUAACUUACUACCAAGUAGUUUUUUCUAUAUUUAAUUUUAAUAUAUUUUUCAC